AUGUCGUCAACAGAAGAUGAAGACGAGAGGAACCGUCGAUCAAUUUAUCAACUUUCGAGAAACGACAAAGACAAGCCAUCGUCGGACUCCCCUGAUAUCGCAACCCUCUCGACCGGCCCGCGUCUGUGGUGGACUAUUUUGCUCUCGACGGGCGUUAAAUGGUUCAUUGACCAGGGUCACCAUGCAGAAGUGCCGCGCCGUGCAGAGCGCCUUAAGCCCCAAGGCCGCCCUCCCAAUAUCGGCUCCCGUGCGAGCUCAACCUCACAUCCAGCGCAGGAACAUACAGGAUGUCUUCAUUACCCGGACUGGAUCUCCAAUUAUAAAGGUGCAGGGCGGACGAGUGGCGCCAAUGGCAACGGAGGGAAGGGCGGCACUUUCGCUAACGUCGGAAUCGUCACUAGGUCGUCUCUCGGAGCACGUCAAGGAUGCACCGUUAUCGUCCCAUACCGGGAGGAGAUGACCAAACGACACCUAAAGGUUACUGGAGAUCUGGGCAGAGUCGUUUUCAUGGUAUGCAUGCGAAAUACUCCGAUUGGUAUAUACUAUUUGCUGAACGACAGUAACAGGAAUAUGACCUCCGCAACACCCAAUCGAUCGAGGAGAGCGAACUUCUCUUACGAGGAUAUCCACGUUGAAGGGACAGAACGAAUUGUGGAAUCUGUUGCCAAAUAUGACGUUGACCGAUACGUCCAUGUUUCCUCCUACAACGCUAGUCUUGACUCCCCUUCGGAAUUCUUCAGGACCAAGGCUCAGGGUGAAAACGUUGCAAGAUCUAUUUUUCCCGAGACUACUAUCGUCAGGCCAGCCCCGAUGUUCGGAUUUGAGGACAGGCUUCUGCACAGACUUGCCGGAGUUACCAACAUCUUCACUUCCAAUCACAUGCAGGAGCGAUACUGGCCAGUUCACGCUAUUGAUGUUGGUCGGGCUCUUGAAAUCAUGCUCAUGGAAGAAUGGACCACUGCCCAGACUUUCGAGCUCUACGGUCCCAAGAACUACUCUACCAAGGAGAUUUCUGAGCUUGUUGACCGUGAAAUCAUCAAGAAGCGCCGACACAUCAACGUUCCAAAGGCUAUCAUGAAGCCUGCUGCUUACUGGUUGAACAGACUCCUCUGGUGGCCCAUCACAUCUGCUGAUGAAGUUGAACGGGAAUUCAUUGACCAGCAAAUCGACCCAACCGCGAAGACCUUCAAGGACUUGGGAAUUGAACCGACUGAUCUCAACACCCUUACUUUCCACUACUUGGUAUGCACUUUAAAGCCGUCCGUACUCCUUGAGAUUCUUACUAACUUCUCAAUUACAGCUUGGAUACAGAAGCUCCCAGUACGCAGAUCUACCGCCAGCUACCGAGCGGGAGCUCAGGGAGGAGAGAAAAUACCUCCAUGUUCUGGACUCUCAAUAAACUGGUAUUAUACCAUAGUUCUUCUUGCAUUUUUAGAUCUUGUAUGUAUGUACACACAGUGUCUUUCUGACGCCCUCAAAUUUCUUUAUCUUGUACCUUGUACAUUCCAGUUAGUUCAUGCACGGGUCACAAAUGGCACCCCUCUAGUAGACUAUGGCUUCCAAGUCCCUACGUUCUUCCCUAAAUGCUCAUCUCCAUCCCGCCUGAGAACCAGUCAAUGGUCGCAGGCUAUCCACUACAAAUAUGGACCUAACUCGAAAGAACAGCAUCAUCAAGGCUUUCGCCUGUAUCGACAGCCGGCCUCUAGUACCUAUAUCUAG